UUACAGCUGCACGGUGCGUGUUUCGAGGACGCGCUCGUGCCGCCGGUGACAGUCGGCUGCUGUGGAUGUGCGUGGUCACGCGCGUGGACAGGGCUCGCCGAGCGCGCAGGGCGUCGUCGCAUUUCUACGACAUCUGUUUAUGAAGGAUGACGUCCCACGCUGAGGAGAACGAAGACGGAGAGUACGAGAGAGCGGUUAAGAGGUUCAAGAAGAACCAGGAGGAGGAGGAGGAGGAGGAUGGAGAGCAGCGGACCGAGGACGAAGACGGGGGCGACGCGGCGCCAGCGCCGGGGGGCGGCGAUCGAGACCACCUGUCAGGCGCGCGGAAACACGCGUCCGCGGGGAAGGAAAAUGGAGACGAUGCUCACCGCAUCGCCCCCUCACCAGUAGUGCAUGUGCGGGGCCUCUGUGAAUCAGUAGUGGAGGCUGACCUGGUAGAGGCCCUGGAGAAGUUUGGCACAAUCUGCUACGUGAUGAUGAUGCCCUUCAAGCGGCAGGCCCUGGUGGAGUUUGAUGGCCUGGAGAGCGCAGACAAAUGUGUGACAUGCGGUGCCAACGAGGCCGUGUAUAUCGCCGGGCAGCAGGCCUUCUUCAACUAUUCCACCAGCAAGAGGAUCACACGGCCCACAAACUCCGAUGACCCCAGCAGUGGGAACAAAGUGCUGCUCUUGUCCAUUCAGAACCCUCUCUACCCUAUCACCACAGAUGUUCUGUACACAGUGUGCAAUCCCAUCGGAAACGUGCUGCGCAUCGUGAUCUUCAAGCGGAAUGGAAUCCAGGCUAUGGUAGAAUUCGAGACUGUCCAAAAUGCUCAAAAAGCAAAAGCAGCUCUAAAUGGAGCAGACAUAUAUGCUGGCUGCUGCACCCUUAAAAUUGAGUAUGCCCGGCCAACGCGCCUCAACGUAAUAAGAAAUGAUAAUGAUAGUUGGGACUACACUAAGCCAUAUCUAGUCAGGCGAGAGCAGGGAAAGGGGCGACAACGGCAGGCGAUUCUCGGGGAACACCCUUCUUCUUUCAGCGAUAACGGCUACGGUUCACACUGCCCUCUGCUGCCAUUGCCUGGCAAAAGUCGGUACAAGAGGAGCUCUCAUGAGGUUCCCGAGGUGGUGGCCUACCCUCUGCCGCAGGCCUCCUCCUACAUCAGUCAUUCCUCCAGCUCCGUCGCCAUGGUGAGCGGUCUUCACCCCUCCAAGAUGAACUGCACUCGCGUCUUCAACCUCUUCUGUCUCUACGGAAACAUCGAGAAGGUGAAGUUCAUGAAGAGCGUUCCGGGCACUGCGCUCGUGGAGAUGGGAGAUGAGUAUGCGGUGGACAGAGCCAUCACACACCUCAACAGCAUCAAAGUUUUCAGCAAGCGGCUCAGCGUCUGUGUCUCCAAGCAGCACGCUGUGAUCCCCAGCCAGGUGUUCGAACUGGAAGACGGCACCAGCAGCUACAAGGACUUCGCCAUGACCCGAAAUAACCGCUUCACCAGCGCUGGCCAGGCAUCCAAAAACAUCAUCCAGCCGCCCUCCUGCGUGCUGCACUUCUACAACGUGCCCCCCUGCGUCACAGAGGAGGAGCUACAGAGGUUAUGUACAGAACAUGAUGUACCAGGGUUCAUCAAGUACAAAGUAUUUGAUGCCAAACCCUGCUCCAAAACCAUCUCAGGCCUACUGGAGUUUGACAGCAAAACACACGCUGUGGAGGUCCUGACCGUCCUCAACCAUUACCAGAUCAGAAUACCAAACGGCUCCAACCCCUACACCCUGAAGCUGUGCUUCUCCACAUCCUCACACCUUUGAAGUUGCAAACUGUGGGACAGGGACCCCAGACAGAAGACCACCCCCCCCCCCCACUAGCACAAGGGGGUCUGUAUACUAAAGGACAAGAGGGAAAAACUGUUGAUUUCCAUAAUAUCACCUUCAGGGUACUGUCAAGGAUCUGAUAAAAUUCUCUAAAGGGGAAUUUGUCAAAAAUGUGAUAAUAUCCUCGGAAGUACAGUUUUUUUUUUUUAAAUCAAAAAAGUUCACUCAAGGAGAGUUUCUCAAAAGUCUGAAAAGCCAGACAGACGAAUGACUGAGAGUGCAGGAGCGGAGCCCCUUGUGCAAGCCCAUCAGCCUUGGACCCAACAGUCUGUGCUCUGUUUUUUGAAGAGACGUUUUCUUAACUUCUCUUUAAAAUUUUUGAGGCUUUGCUUCUGACACUCCCAUACACCCCAAUGGGCUUCACAGACUCUUUGUU